AUGUCUUUCCGGAGGGCUUUUGCUAGCUCAUGGGAAAGGCUCAAGUUCUCAGCCAUAUCCAAACAGAACUCAUCACCUCCGAUUACUCUAGCCAUGCUGUCGCUCGCCAUUGCUGCUCUGGCCACUUUGGCCGCUGCUGAGAGUACCCCUUGGCCAUCUUUCGGUAACUGGACCGAGACUGCCGGCGGCUACGACUACAUCCUCUCCGGUCCUGCAAAACUUGGCAAGAAGGUUGACUUCGAGUUGGACAGAUGCCAGUACGUCUGGAACCUCUUGAAUGACCGAACGCAUUGUACGAACAAUCCAGCACCUACUGAGGCGAACGAGUGCAUGAGCAAGCUGUACGAGCGCAAGACUGCCAUUGGCGACCAAGGGUUCCUUGACAUCUUUGAAAAGGAUAUCGAGGAGGCCAAGCAGUUUUGGUACGGAGUUAUUGACAGCUCAGACCUGGAUCAGCCCGAAUCCUGGAAAGCCGUUGAAGGCCGCGCAGUUGUCUCACUUCCAAAUGUCACUGCCUGGGCCUUCUCGGCUUGGUCCUCAUCGCCCAGAGCCGACGCGGCCAACAACCGGGCCAACGCGGAGCACUACUUCAAGCACUCGGAUUUCACCAGCGGCAGCGGAGUCUCGCGCAUCCUCGAGGGCUGGGGCGGCACCAUUACGAACUUCACCAUUCCCAACUACAGCCCUGCCGUGUGCGCCCAGAGACCCAUGGUCCGUCCGCUGCCUGAAUUCGCAAUCAAGGCCUGCGGAGACAAGAACCUGGUCGAUGGCAAGGACACCAACUUUGGCGUGCUCAAUAUCGCAGCGCGUGAUGUUAAUGGAGCCGAUUUCGGUCAGCCCGGCAAGAGGGGAAUCGACAUUUACGCCUCUAUUUGGUAUGGAAACGCCAUCUCGGAGGAGCAUCUUGAGGCUGAACGUCAGCAUGUUAUUAUCGAGAUUGUCAACAUGAGUUUAAAGGCUCAGGAGGACAUAGAGACCGGAGUUUUCACGGUUCCUGCACCUCCGACCUCGUAG